AUGAAGGACGAGCAGCAGGAUUCGGAGGAGCGACGCCGCAAGCAGAUUCGCCUGGCCCAGCAGACGUAUCGCCGGCGCAAGGAAAUCAUGAUCACUAAUUUACAAACCCGCGUGCAAGAGCUGGAAUCGGGCAUCGAAGAGCUUAGCGAGUCCUUCCUGUCAUUCAGUGAUAUUCUCCUCGAGAAUGAUAUACUCGAGAAACACCCACGGGUGACCUCCGCUCUGCACAAAAUUGGGCACCAGUUCGUGUCGCUCGCCAAAAGCGGAUGCGAUGAUGACCACGACCAAUCGAGCGCUGGAAACAACGCCACAAACACGCCCCUGCCGAAAAAGCUAAGCGUUGCGCGAAAUACCAAUCUGGAUUCCCAUCCAGACCUCGCACAACACGGUACCUUGCCUGUCAUUGAAAACAAGACUCAGUCCUCACUCGCCACGAGAGCUCAGUCACAGUUACCUCUAACGCCGCCCUAUCAAGAACAACCCAUCCUCCCAUUCGAGAUCGAUCUACCAUCACCUACUGUUCCAACCUCAACUUCAAGCCCCCCUUUAUACAACGCACUGCCUAUCCCACCUCUUGGAAAUCUUACGAAGCAAGGGUGGACGUUCUCACAUAGCCUUGCUCGAGAAUGCUACGAAAAUGGGUAUCGGUUGCUAGUGGAUUCACCUGAUAAUUACACAACGAUUCAGGAAAUCUUUGGCCGACAACUGACCACCUUUGAGCGCAACCACAUGAUUUCCGCGUUUUAUGCUGCCAUGCACGACGAGGUUGGGGACAUAAUCAAGCUCCAUGCUACAUUCCUCAGUUCUCUCCGCUCGAAGAAUAACAGCUACUCUACAGAACAACGUAUGAUUUCAUCCAAAACAAGGCAAAAUGAAAUCCAGUCUACUUUAGAUGAAUGGCUCGACGCAAGUGGGGUGCAGGGGUUUUUGCACCGGAAAGGCAUCAACAUUCAGAACACUGGCUCUGUGUGUUCAAGUCCGCCAUCCGAUUCCCAGGCGAAAUUCAAUGUGCUAGGCUUCAUCAGACUGCUCUCUCUCGGUCCCCUCUGCUUUGGCCGUGGGCCAGCAUUUCGAAUGCGCGACGUUGAAGAUGCGCUACACCUCACCACUUCAGAAAAUCCCUUGCCUUUCGACUCAUUUUACAUGAAUUCACCUACACUGUAAAAUCCAUUAAUGAAAUUUUCCAUUUGGGAGAAUGGUUGACUAUGUGUUGUAACAGAUCCCCACAGUCGCGCCUGGCGUCUUCUUUGUCAACGUAGCUGUCGUCUCUUGUGCUUCAAUCCAAUGAUUGUUCAACAGCUGAAUUGUUUAUCCACACACUGCUUGUAUCCCAACCCGUAGGGAACCCGGUGAGGGAUCAACUUACGCCUCAUAGCGCUCCUAUUGAAGUUUUGCCAGGUACUUUGGAGGGGACUCCCGUGUGAGAACACUAUAUAUCAUCAGCUCUAGGACACCUGGAGUUUAUCGCUCAUUCCUCAAAUAGAAGAAGCUUCCACCUCUGUAGUGAAUCAGUUCACCUAUGGCUGUUCAUGAAAAUACCCGAAUCGCCGCAGAUCCAUCGGCUUCUCCAGC